UCCACCUCCAUCCGCGUCACUCACCAGUCUCCUCCCCUAAUCCCACUCCGCCGCCGCCAGCUUGCCCACCAUGGCGGCGACAACCCACGCCGCCUCCAUGUCGUUCCUCCUCUCCCACCCCCAGUCGCGCUCUGCCACCCCAAGCUGCCACCUCCCGCUCCAUCUGGCAGCCCGCCGCGUCCGGUGCGCCACCGACGCCGCCGCACUUUCCCCGGCGGUCAACACCAAGCACCGGCGCACGGCGGAUGAGAACAUCCACGAGGAGGCGGCGCGGCACCCGGCCCUGAAGCAGGGCCUGUCGGCGUGGUACGAGCCCUUCCCGCCGGCCCCGAACGGCGACCCCAACGAGCGCUACUCCCUGGACGAGAUCGUGUACCGCUCCAGCUCGGGGGGCCUCCUCGACGUGUGGCACGACAUGGAGGCGCUGGCCCGCUUCUCGGGCGCCUACUGGCGCGACCUCUUUGACUCCCGCAUCGGGCGCACCACCUGGCCGUACGGGUCCGGCGUGUGGUCCAAGAAGGAGUUCGUGCUCCCCGAGAUCGAGCCCGACCACAUCGUCUCCCUGUUCGAGGGCAACUCGAACCUGUUCUGGGCCGAGCGGCUGGGGCGCGACCACCAAGGCAGGAUGAACGACCUGUGGGUGAAGCACUGUGGCAUCUCCCACAUGGGCUCGUUCAAGGACCUCGGCAUGACCGUGCUGGUCAGCCAGGUGAACCGCCUCCGCCGCGCGCCGCUGUCGCGCCCCAUCGCCGGCGUCGGGUGCGCGUCCAUGGGGGACACCUCCGCCGCGCUCUCCGCCUACUGCGCCGCUGCGGGGAUCCCGACCAUCGUUUUCCUCCCCACCAACCGCAUCUCGCUGGAGCAGCUCAUCCAGCCCAUUGCCAACGGCGCCACCGUGCUCUCGCUCGACACCGACUUCGACGGGUGCAUGCGGCUCAUCAGGGAGGUGACCGCCGAGCUGCUAUCAUCAUCUUUAUGCAUUAUUUUCACUGUAAGAGAUAUAUUUAUGUAUCUUAUCCUCAUAUUUAGGCAUUUCUAG